CGGAGUCUCCAUGAGAGCUGAGGAACGUAUACUGGGAGGUUUAGAAGCAGGAUUUAAACAAUUUCCCUGGGCUGCGAUUGUUACUGUUACUGGAAAUAAUAUUGAUAAAAUGUGUGCUGGAACACUUAUUUCGCUAAGAUUUGUUGCUACAGCUGGACAUUGUACAAGCUACUGUAAAGAUCAAGCUCAUCCAGAAUGUAAGAGACCUGUUCCGGCCGACGAGUUGACUUUCAAAGUACAGCUUGGGGAAUAUGAUUACGUGAAUCGGCGGCCAAAUCAGGAAACCCGAACAUAUCAUGCUGUGAACCUUUUCCUGCAUCCAGACUAUAGAAGCAAUAUCAGAUUGGUCGAGACUGGUUUCCUAGAAUCGGAUCCAAAAUAUGACAUUGCUAUUCUCAAGCUAGACAGAGCAGUUAAACCCAGUUCAUACAUUACUCCUAUUUGUCUUCCGGAAGUUGGACAACUGCUUUUUCCUGAUCUUGCUACAGUUAUAGGAUGGGGAAGGAUUGGACGAUAUGUUGGAGACCCACAUUCUAGCGUUUUACAAGCUGUAACUGUCCCUGUUCUGUCUGCUGAAGAGUGUGCAGAAAUGGAUGGAUCCAGUUAUCCUUCUCCAGAUCAAAUUUGUGCAGGACUCUCAAAUUCAGAUCAAUCUUCAUGUCCAGGAGAUUCCGGAGGAGGUUUGAUGACAAGAGAUAUGGAGGAACGAUGGUUUUUAAUUGGCAUAGUUUCCACAGGUCUUAGUCUUGACUCUCAAAUAUCUUACAACAGAGAGGAACCUAAACUUCACGAGAUAAAAGACCAGUCAAGAAGAAAACAGGAUUCCCCCCGUAUUGAUAGACAGGGUUCCAUACGUCCUGAUGGACAGCGCGUAGAACGAGAUUCACAGCUCCCAGAGAUAAUGACUCAGGAUGGAAACAUUCGAGUGGAAAGAGGCGAUACAGCAAGGUUGACCUGCGAAGUAGCUGGGCUAGGCAACUACGUGCUAAUGUGGAAAGAGAAGCAAAGAGUAAUUUCAGCUGGAAAUCUCAUGGUUCGAAAGGACCCGAGGUUUCAGUUGUCUGUAAAGGACGGAGUGUUUGUCCUUUAUAUUCGGAAUGUACAAAGAGAGGACGCCGGGGAUUAUAUUUGUGAAGUUGACGUCCUUGGUAGACCAUUGAGAGGAAAACAGAUUUUAGAAGUUCUUGUUCCCCCUGUAGUACAGACUAGAGAAAAUAAAGUCGAUCUCUAUAAGGGCGAUAAUUAUACUCUAAGCUGCUCUGGGCAGGGCUAUCCCAAUCCACGUAUUAUUUGGUCAAAACAGGGCGGGUAUAUGAGAAGACCAGGAUAUGAGGGACUCUCCCUUCCACUCACUAAUGUCAACAGGCAAGACAGCGGUAAUUACAUCUGUCAAGCCAGUAAUGGAGUUUCAACACCUGCACAAGCUGUCAUAACUGUCAGGGUUAAAUAUCCACCGGAGGUAGAAAUGGAGCAGAAUUGGUUAAAGUCUGAGAGUGGAACAGAGAUAGAUAUUGAUUGCAUUGUUUAUUCAGAUCCUUCUCCACAGGUGACCUGGUUCAGAAACUCCGGGAAAAUAUUUGAAACGGAUCGACUGCUUAUGACCGAAAAACCAGGACGCUGGACAAUUAAAAUCAUCGAUAUAAGGGAGUCAGAUUUCGGUAACUACAGUUGUAGGGCAACUAAUCUUCUGGGAAAAGCAUCUGCUGUUUCUGUUAUUUCAGGUCGACCGAGCCCACCAAGGUUUACGAGCCAUAGUGUUAACUUCCAGUCCAGUGUUUACAACCUCACCUGGACCUGCGAGUCGGUCAGCAAGGUCACAGAGUACAAACUCAGAUACAGGCAAUCUAAGGAUUCAAAUAGCGAAGGUGGAGUAUGGUCUGAGCUUGUCCUUCCUGUAUCCGAACCUACUCUACAAUACCAUUACACACUCAGAGAAUUAAAGCCUGGAAGUGUGUACGAUGUUGUCGGGUUUUCCAGAAAUAAAUAUGGAUGGUCAAUGCAUUCAAAAACAUUCACGUUCUUUAACAAAGGCGUAGAUUUCUCUACACAAGAACUAAUUAAGAAGAAACUAAGGGAGACAGAGGAGGAGGAGGAGAGGGCAAGACAAAAAGAGGAAAUUUUAAUCACUUCACUCUCGUCUGACAGUGUAACCUGGUUGAUUGAUCUAAGGAUUGGUGUGAUGAGUAUCAUCUUAUUCAUCCAGUAAUCUUCUCAUCCUCUCAUACAUCAAACGGUGCUGUACAGAAAGUGCAAUACAGCUAUUAAUAAAAUCAGUGCGGUGCAGUGCAGUAAACAACCUUGAUCUGCAACAUAGCUGAUCAAAUCAGUGCAGCACUGACCAGUGAACAACCUUGCUGUGAAACACAGCUGAUCAACAGCGCACUACGUAUGGCGAACAAACUUGCUCUGCAAUAAAGAUGAUCAACAGUACAGUGCAGUACUUUACAGCGAGCAAUCUUGCUCUGUAAUACAUCUGAUCAACAGUGUAGGAUAAAGUGGGCAUUCUUGCUCUCCAACACAGCUGAUCAAAUAAGUGCAGUAUUGUACAGUGAACAAUCGUUCUCUGCAAAACAGCUAAUUAACAGAUAGUACUGUACCGUGAACUAUCUUGCUCUGCAACACAACUGAUCAAAUCUGUGAAGUACUGUACAGUGAACAACCUUGCUCUGCAAAACAUCUUAUCAACAGUAUAGUACUCAUGUACAGUGAUCAAUCUUUCUCUACAAGACAGCUGAUUAAUUGUACGGUAUUGUACUGUGAAAAUCUUUCUCUGCAAUACAUAUGAUUAACAGUAAAUUACUGUAAAGUGAG